ACUACACAACAAGACAUGGGACUUUUAACGUUCGCCGCUCUAGGAGGAGGAGCAGUAGGUGCUGUGGUUGCAGCUCCUGUUGUUCUGGGAGUUGUUGGAGCCUUAGGUUUCACCUCAGGUGGAAUAGCAGCCUGCUCCUAUGCUGCCGGCAUGAUGUCGACUGCUGCAGUGGCUAACGGAGGAGCCGUGGCAGCAGGAAGUACAGUGGCUCUUUUGCAGGCAGUAGGAGCAGCUGGUCUGUCAGGAACUGCCACUGCAGCUGUAGCUGGAGCUGGAGCUGGAGUUGGAGCUGGAGUUGGAGCAACAGUGGGAUGGCUGGCUGCCAUAAUCAUCUAAAAAUUAAGACGGAACAAGAUGACGAUUUGUACUUCUGCCAAGUGAAGGAGGCAACUGCAAAUGAUAUCAGUUCACUUA